AGCCAACCAUCUUCUUCACACCUUAUCCAAACUCUUUCAUCCUUCCCCAUACAAACUGUACAAAGUUUCAUUUUUUUCUCAAUCUCCUCUGUUUGUACUCACAAUCCCAUUGAAGAAGAUCCCCCAGAAACCAUCGCAAUUCAGGUUUUUGCAGAGUUAGGGCUACAGAAGAAAUGGCGACCACAUCUGCUACGCUUUCUUCGGCGACUUACGCCGCCGCUGCUGCCGUUGUGAGCUCAGGUCGCAGUUCAUCCCAAAGGAGAAAGAGUAACGUAGCAUACAUAGCUGGCCUGAAUUCCUUUGGAGGGUUGAAAGCCCACAAUAAUGUGGUGACGUUAGGCCUGCCCCUCUGUACCGAACGGUCCUUUGCAAAGGUGGUGAGCUCUCUGAAAUCAGCUUCCCAAAGCAAAGGAACGGGUGGGGGAGCCCUCUCUUCUACGUGCAAUGCUGCAGCCGAGAUUUUCAAGAUUGCAGCUAUCAUGAAUGGCCUUACCCUUGUUGGAGUUGCUGUUGGCUUCAUUCUCCUCCGAAUGGAAGCAACUGUGGAGGAAUCCGAGUGAGGAUCUGAAAGUAAAAUAGCUUCAUUUCUGUAUUCUUUUUCACUUCAAAACUCUGUUUCUCUGUUAUCUUGUUCUUUUGAUUUUAGGACUCAUUUGUUUGGUUUGUAUGUAUAAAGCUAGAUCAGGCAAACUGGGUGUCUCUUGAAAUUUCAUGAAGCAUA